AUGAGCUCAAGCAAACAGGUUCCCAUUCCAGGACCCAAGGGGUUUCCCCUUCUGGGGAACAUUAAUGAUAUUGACCCGGAGCUACCGAUUAAGAGUAUUGAAUUAAUGGCGGACAGCUACGGUCCGAUUUUCCGACUCACCAUAUUAGGGGUUCCCCGAGUGUUCCUCAGUUCUCACGAACUAAUAAACGAAGUUUGUGACGAGGAACGAUUUACGAAAGGGGCCUCCGAGGCGCUAAAACAAAUUCGAAAUGGAACAAAUGACGGCCUUUUCACUGCUGAUUACCCCGGGGAGGAGAACUGGGCUGUGGCCCAUCGAGUCCUUGUUCCUGCGUUCGGGCCACUGGCAAUUCGUGGAAUGUUUGAUGAGAUGUAUGAUAUUGCAACUCAGCUCGUAAUGAAGUGGGCGCGACAAGGUGCCAGUACCCCGAUUCCAGUCGCAGAUGAGUUUACCCGUUUAACACUGGAUACAAUUGCCCUAUGUGCGAUGGGGACGCGCUUCAAUUCCUUCUACCACGAGGAGAUGCAUCCGUUUGUUGAGGCUAUGUACGGCCUGUUAGCUGGAUCAGGGACUCGGGCACGUCGUCCGGCGCUCCUCAACAAUUUGCCCACGAGUGAAAAUGCAAAGUACUGGGCUGAUAUCGAGUACUUGAGAAAGCUCUCGCAAGAGCUUGUUGAUUCACGCAAAAACAACCCCCAAGACCAAAAAGAUCUUCUCAACGCCAUGAUUCUAGGUCGUGAUCCUCAAACUGGACAAGGUUUGACAGACGACUCGAUUGUUGAUAACAUGAUCACGUUUCUUAUUGCAGGCCAUGAAACAACAUCCGGAAUGCUUUCAUUUUUGUUUUAUUUCCUCCUCAAAACUCCACAAGCCUACAAAAAGGCUCAGGAAGAGGUGGAUCGAGUCAUUGGCAAGCGGAAGAUCACGGUCGACGACAUGUCUAAGCUUCCCUAUAUUAACGCCGUGAUGCGCGAAACGCUACGCCUCAGAUCAACAGUCCCCAUCAAUGGCAUUCACGCGCACCCGACAAAGAACAAGGAAGAUCCAGUAACACUAGGCGGAGGGAAAUAUGUUCUACACAAAGAUGAACAGAUUCUUCUUGUGCUUUCUAAACUUCAUCGUGACCCCAAGGUAUGGGGUCCCGACGCAGAAGAAUUCAAGCCCGAGCGAAUGCUGGACGAGAACUUCGAAAAGCUUCCCAAAAAUGCAUGGAAGCCAUUUGGUAAUGGUAUGCGUGGGUGCAUUGGACGAGCAUUUGCUUGGCAGGAAGCUUUACUUGUCGUUGCGAUGCUGUUGCAGAAUUUCAGUUUCCAGAUGGCCAACCCCAGCUAUGAUCUACGUAUCAAACAAACUCUCACGAUUAAGCCAAAGGGGUUUGAAAUGAAGGCAUCCCUUCGUGCAGGCCUUGACCCCACCAAGUUAAGCAUGUCAUUGAGCGGCACUCCGCACGCGGUUGAGGAUCCUGGAUUUGCUGGUCGGGAGAGAAAGCAGAAGCCAGUGCCUAUAAGCAGUGAUCUCAAACCCAUGCAUAUCUUUUAUGGUAGCAAUACGGGUACUUGUGAGGCGUUUGCGCGCAGAUUGGCGGAUGAUGCUGUUGAGUAUGGAUUUUCGGCAUCGACCAACUCUUUGGAUUCGGCUAUGCAGAACAUUCCCAAGACUGAUCCAGUUGUUUUCAUUACUGCCUCCUAUGAGGGACAACCGCCUGAUAAUGCAGCUCAUUUCUUUGAGUGGUUGAGCGCACUCAAGGGCAAUGAUCUGGAAGGUGUCAAUUAUGCCGUCUUUGGCUGCGGCCAUCAUGAUUGGGCUACUACCUUCCAUCGUGUUCCUAAGGCAGUUAAUGAUAUCGCUCUAGAAAAUGGUGGAUAUAGGCUUUGUGAUAUUGGACUUGCCGACGCAGCCAAUUCAGAUAUGUUCACCGAUUUUGAUGGCUGGGGCGAGACACAAUUUUGGCCCGCCAUCACAGCCAAAUUCGGCGGACAACAGGAUAAGUCCAGUAAAAACAAGUCAUCUCUCCAAGUUGACGUGAGCUCGGGAGUUCGUGCGUCAACUUUGGGGCUCCAAUUGGAGGAGGGAUUCGUAGUUGAAAAUCAGCUAUUGACCCAACCCGGUGUCCCUAUAAAGAGAAUGGUCAAGUUCAAACUCCCGACCGAUAUGACUUAUCAAUGCGGAGACUAUCUUGCGGUUUUACCAAUAAAUCCCAACCAAAUCGUCCGCCGGGCUAUUAAGCGCUUCAACUUGCCUUGGGAUGCGAUGCUUCGUAUCCAGAAGCUAGUGAAGAGUACAGCACCACCAAGCAUACCCCUUGACACGCCUAUCACAGCCUUCUCGCUCUUUUCUACCUAUGUGGAGCUCUCCCAGCCUGCGUCAAAGCGUGACCUCAAUGCACUGGCAGAUGCAGCUAUUGAAGAUGCCGAGACCCAAGCUGAAUUACGCUACAUCGCUUCUAGCCCAAGCCGAUUCACCUCAGAGAUUGUUCAGAAGCGUGUCAGCCCUCUAGAUCUUCUAAUGCGCUACCCAGCCAUCAAUAUAUCCAUAGGAGACUUUCUCGCUAUGCUUCCGCCCAUGCGUGCCCGACAAUACUCCGUCUCUUCCUCACCCCUCGCAGACCCUUCCGAAUGCACAAUCACUUUUUCCGUCCUGAAUGCACCAGCUCUAUCAGGUCCCUCCGACCCCAACAGCGCAGAAGCAGAGCAAUACAUGGGCGUCGCAUCCAAUUACCUCUCCGAGCUUCAACCCGGUGAACGUGCCCAAAUCUCCGUCCGACCAUCAAGCACUGGCUUCAAACCACCCGUUGAUCUACAAACUCCGAUGAUAAUGGCCUGUGCAGGAAGUGGUCUAGCUCCUUUCCGCGGCUUCGUCAUGGAUCGCGCUGAGAGAAUCCGUGGACGGCUCGAUGACAUCCAUGCUGCCGAGCUAGCUGAAUGGGCUGAAAUCGGAGCUGUUGAUAUACGUUGGGUAUACAGUCGUCCGACGGACGGUGAGAAGGGUCGCCAUGUGCAGGACCUCAUGCGAGAGGAAGGCGAAGAACUGGCUGCCUUGUUUGGAAAGGGAGCGAAUAUUUAUGUCUGUGGUAGUACUAGUGUCGGCUCUGCGGUGAGAGAUGUUUGCAAGGAUAUUGCUAUCAGGAAACGCCGCGAGAGGCUUGCUAGGGUCAAGGAAACUGGGGAGCAUCCGGGAUCAGAUGAUGAUCUUGAUGAAGAUACUGCUGCCGACAAGUUCUUCGAGCAGUUGAGGGCGAAGGAGCGGUAUGCAACAGAUGUUUUCACUUGA